AUGGAGAAUACUAGCUUAAAUCAUAAAACAUUUAGUACGUUUGGUUUAAAAGAAUGGAUUGUAUUUUUUACAAUAAUUUUAUCUAAUACUGUUUGUCCAAUGGCUUUUGCCUGUAUCUCAUCAUUUUUUAAUGAUGUUGCAUUUUCAAAGAAUGUUUCACUAACUUCUUCUGGUUUUAUUUUUGCUAUUUUUAAUUUUGGUGGCUUUAUUUUAAGCCCAGUUAUUGGUAAAUUAAUUCCAACUUUUGGUGUAAAAAAGAUGUUUUCAUUUGGAAUGAUUUUUAUAAGUAUUGGAACUUUUUUAUUUUCAUUGACAAAUUUAAUAAACAAUGGAACAUGGUUUUUUGUUGCUACUUUUUCUUUACGAAUAUUUCAAUCAAUGGGAAAUGCUAUGGUAUUUACAACAACAUAUGCUAUUGCUUCAAAAGAUUUUCCAAGUAUUAUGACUACUGUUCUUGGUUCUGUUGAAACAGGUGCUGGUCUUGGAUAUACAGUUGGACCUUUAAUUGGUGGUUAUUUAUAUCAAUAUGUUGGUUAUUUCUGUCCUUUUCUUGUUUUAGGUGGGGUUGCGGGAAUGUCAGCUAUAAUUGCACUUUUUUUUAUUACUUCAAAUGAUAAUGAUAAAAAUUUGGAAUCAAUUACAAAUGAUAAGAAUAAGAUGACUAAAGAAAAAAAUCUUACAUGGUUUGAAGCUAUAAAAAUUAAAGAUAUUUGGUGUAUAGUAUUUACAAUUAUAAUUGUAGGUGUUUUAUUUUCAUUUCAUGAUUCAACAUUAGCUAUUGGUUGUAAACAAUUUAAUCUUGAUCCAUCAAAAGUGGGAUUAUUAUUUCUUUGUCUAGGAGGAUUGUAUGCUAUAUUUUGUCCAAUAUUAGGAUUUAUUAUUGAUAAAUAUCCUAUAAUUGAUAUCUUAUUUUUUAUUGGAUAUUUUUUUGAAACAACUGCUUUAAUGUGUAUGGGUCCCUUGCCAUUUUUUAAGUAUAAACCAAGUGUAGAAAUAUUUGCAAUUUGUUUAAGUAUUAUGGGAUUGUCAUGUUCAAUGAUUUUUGUCCCAUCAUUCAAAAAGGCUAUGGAUAUAGUGGUAAAAGAGCAUAAUUUUUCUGAUAGCUUGGAGACAUCUUCUACAGUGUCAGCAAUUUUUUGUUCAUCAUUUUCAUUUGGUGCUUUUCUUGGUCCUUUAAUUGGUUCAGCUUUAGUAGAAGGUUUAAAAUAUCAAAAUGCAAUUUCUGUAAUCGCAUUAAUAUCAUUUAUUUCUAUGAUCAUAUUUACUGUUGCAUAUUUAAUACCACGUAUUUAUAAAAAAUGUGCUUAUAAACAAAAAUAUAUUACAAAAUAA